AGUUGUAUCGAACUGUAUCAAACUAUCGAACAGCGAACUAUCGAACUCGAAGUAUUACAUACACAGAGUACCUUUGUAUAAUUACAUAUAAAUUACGUAUGGAAAAAAUAAACACAUAAACAGGAGUGAAUUACAUCAUUUGUUUAGUGUUUUAUAUUCUAGUUAUUUUUACUCGGCAAAGCCUUAGACUUUAGAACUUUGACAAAUAGAGUUUUUCGAGUCUAAAUCUUAAAUUAACAAAUUGUUUAGCUCAUUACAAUGUCUAAGAGAACAGCGUCCGUAGCGUUUAAAGCUAAAGAAGAAUCCUGUGUAGUCAAGGGCGGGAAAAAACAUUCUCUAGAUUCUGAUGAAGAAGACAGUGGAGCAGAAGAAGAAAAACAAAAUGUCAUGAACACUGAUGAUAUAGAGGGCGAAGAAGAUGGUGUUGGUGGUGUGGAAGGUGAAAUUACAAUUACUCCUUUUAACAUGAAAGAAGAACUAGAAGAAGGACAUUUUGAUGGCCAAGGCCACUAUCAUUGGAAGAAAGAAAAAGAAAUUAAGGAUAGUUGGCUAGAUAACAUUGACUGGGUGAAAGUAAAAGGAAGGCCUGAAGACAAGUAUAAAGUACACAAAGUAGAUGAAAACAAGGGCAUUCUAGAUGAUACUGAUAGUGAAGAUGAGGAAACAGAAGAAACAUUUGACCUCAUUUCAAAUUACAAAGAGAUAUUGGAACAUAUGAAACCAAAAGAGACCAUUGCCAAAACAUUACAACGAAUUGGUGCCAAAUCAAAUAUAUCAUCUGCAGAAAGAUGGAAGAGGAAGAAGAUGGGUAUAAUUGAUAAUGAUAGUAAGUUAGUUACUAGAGUAACUGAAUUGGCAAAUCAAAUUUUAACUAAAACGGGAAAUAUGGAUAUUUAUCAAGAAUCUUAUGAAACAAUCAAUACAUUAAUAUCCAAAAAUAAUAAAAAGAAUUCAGCAGCUGAGUUAGAUAUGUAUGCUGAUGACUUUGAUCAAAAAGAAAAGCAAAGUAUGAAUGAUAAUUCAGCAGGCACAAGCCAAGGUGUAUUUGAGGUUGAGAAUAAAAGUAAUGAAGAAGUAAAAUGGGAAUUUAAGUGGAGCCAAGAGAGUUCCGAAAUCUCCGGUCCACACUCUACACAUCAAAUGAAUAAAUGGGCAUCAGAUGGCUACUUUAAAACAGGUGUUUGGGUAAGAAAACAUGGUGAAGAUAGCCAAUUUUACAGUUCAAAUCGAAUGGAUUUUGAAUUAUAUAUGUAGUAAAUAAUAUAUAUUUUUAUGAAAAUA